CAGUGACGUCACCGGCGCUCGCGCGCCCCCCGGCGGCCGCGCUCUCAGGCUGGCCCGGAGGUCCCUGCACGACCCGAGGGGGCGGCGGGCGGCGGGCGGCGGGCGGCGGGCAGCGGCGGCCCUCCGAGCUCGGUCCCUCGCGCCCCGUCCCGGGCCGACGGCGGAUGGGCGGCCCCAGGCCGCGAGGCGGCAGCCGGGGCGCGAGCGGUAGCCGGGGCCGCGCAGGGCGAGCGCGCGCGGGGGCCUCGGCGCGGCCGGGCGGGGCGCGGGCCGGCGGGCGGGGAGGGCGCCCCGCGUCCGAGCCUCGGGCCGGGCCCUGACGCCGCGCGGGCCCCGCGCCGCCACUCCCGCGCCAUGGCGGAGACCAAGAUCAUCUACCACAUGGACGAGGAGGAGACGCCGUACCUGGUGAAGCUGCCCGUGGCGCCCGAGCGCGUCACGCUGGCCGACUUCAAGAACGUGCUGAGCAACCGGCCCGUGCACGCCUACAAAUUCUUCUUCAAGUCCAUGGACCAGGACUUCGGGGUGGUAAAGGAGGAGAUCUCUGACGACAAUGCCAAGCUGCCCUGCUUCAAUGGCCGGGUGGUGUCCUGGCUGGUACUGGCUGAGGGUGCCCACUCGGAUGCGGGGUCUCAGGGCACUGACAGCCACACGGACCUUCCCCCACCCCUCGAGCGGACAGGUGGCAUCGGGGACUCACGGCCCCCCUCCUUUCAUCCAAAUGUGGCCAGCAGUCGUGAUGGGAUGGACAACGAGACAGGCACAGAGUCUAUGCUCAGUCAUCGGCGGGAGCGAGGCCGACGCCGGAACCGCGAUGAGGCCGCCCGGGCCAAUGGGCACCCACGGGGGGACCGGCGGCGGGACUUGGGGCUACCCCCGGACAGCGCAUCCACUGCACUUAGCAGCGAGCUUGAGUCCAGCAGCUUCAUCGACUCUGAUGAGGAGGACAACACAAGCCGGCUGAGCAGCUCUACGGAGCAGAGCACCUCCUCCCGGCUCAUCCGGAAGCACAAGCGCCGGAGGCGGAAGCAGCGCUUGAGGCAGACUGACAGGGCCUCCUCCUUCAGCAGCAUUACCGACUCCACCAUGUCGCUCAACAUCAUCACCGUCACGCUCAACAUGGAGAGACACCACUUUCUGGGCAUCAGCAUUGUGGGCCAGAGCAAUGACCGGGGCGACGGUGGCAUCUACAUCGGCUCCAUCAUGAAGGGCGGGGCUGUGGCCGCCGAUGGCCGCAUCGAGCCAGGCGACAUGCUGCUGCAGGUGAAUGACGUCAACUUCGAGAACAUGAGCAAUGACGAUGCCGUGAGGGUGCUGCGGGAGAUCGUGUCCCAGACGGGGCCCAUCAGCCUCACAGUGGCCAAGUGCUGGGACCCCACGCCUCGGAGCUACUUCACCAUCCCGAGGGCCGACCCCGUGCGGCCCAUCGACCCGGCUGCCUGGCUGUCGCACACGGCCGCCCUGACAGGUGCCCUGCCCCGCUAUGGUACGAGCCCUUGCUCCAGUGCCGUCACUCGCACCAGCUCCUCCUCACUAACCAGCUCAGUGCCUGGUGCCCCACAGCUGGAAGAGACACCCCUGACAGUGAAGAGUGACAUGAGCGCCGUAGUCCGAGUCAUGCAGUUACCUGACUCGGGACUGGAGAUCCGUGAUCGCAUGUGGCUCAAGAUCACCAUAGCCAAUGCUGUUAUUGGGGCAGAUGUGGUGGACUGGCUGUACACACAUGUGGAGGGCUUCAAGGAGCGGCGGGAGGCCCGGAAGUACGCCAGCAGCAUGCUGAAGCAUGGCUUCCUGCGGCACACGGUCAACAAGAUCACCUUUUCUGAGCAGUGCUACUAUGUCUUCGGGGACCUGUGCGGCAAUCUCGCAGCCCUGAACCUCAACAGCGGCUCCAGCGGAGCCUCAGAUCAGGACACCCUGGCCCCUCUGCCCCACCCACCUGCACCCUGGCCCCUAGGUCAGGGCUACCCCUACCAGUACCCUGGGCCCCCACCCUGCUUCCCACCUGCCUACCAGGACCCUGGCUUCAGCUAUGGCAGCGGCAGUGCUGGAAGUCAGCAAAGCGAAGGGAGCAAAAGCAGUGGGUCUACGCGGAGCAGCCGUCGGGCCACAGGCCGAGAAAAGGAGCGCCGGGCAGCUGGCGCUGGGGGCAGCGGCAGUGAAUCAGAUCCCACGGCACCAAGCGGGUCAGGCAGCACGGGCUGGCAGGAGCGCCCCGCUAGCCAGCUUAGCCGUGGCAGCAGUCCUCGCAGCCAGGCUUCCACCGUUGCCCCAGGGCUCCCCCCAUUGCACCCCCUGACAAAGGCCUAUGCCAUGGUAGGGGGACCCCCAGGAGGGCCGCCCGUCCGGGAGCUGGCUGCCGUCCCUCCAGAGUUGACAGGCAGCCGCCAAUCCUUCCAGAAGGCCAUGGGGAACCCCUGUGAGUUCUUUGUGGACAUCAUGUAACCGGUGGCCAGUGCCUUCGGCCCUGCGCAAAGCAGGGGAAACCUAUGGUCCAGCGGGCUUGUCUUAGUGGCUGGCAGCCAGCUGGGACAGAGCAGAAGUGGGGUGCAGGGGCAGGGUAGGGAAGAGGGGCUGAGGGCACCCACACUGCCGUGAUCUGGGCUUGGCCUGCUUCUUGCUUCCCAGGGCUUCCUAGUGGAGCAGCCCUGUCCCUGCAGACCUGUGUUUGUUCUCAUGCAGGUGUGACGGGGAACAUGAGCCUCGGGCUCCCAGACCUCUUCAGGAUGGGAAAGACCCUUUUGGGCUCCAUGUUUCUCCCCACUCUCCCAGAGCUGCACACAGGGUCACACGCUAAUCCAGGCUCACAGGCCUCCACCCAGUUCAGAGGCCUUGCCCUUCAGACCCGGGGAGGGGCUUCUAGGAGUCAGAUGGAGUCCCCGGGCCUCUGGCUGUCCACGUGGGAUAUAACUUAUUUAUUUAUUGCUGGCCGCCUGCUCUGGGGGUGGCAGCCAGCCACCAGCUGGGGCAUUUUGCAUGCUCCCCCUUCCCUACUGGGACCCAGAGCAAGCAUGAGGAACACAGGCUCUGGCAGAAAGUACGUGGGGGACAGGUGGUGGGGGAUACAGGAGAGGCUGGUGUCUGCAUACCACGUCCUAGCCUUGGCUGAAGGGUAGUGUCAUGCGCAGAUGCUGCAGGCCCUUGCUCUAGGGGGAUGGCAGCCAGCACACGAGGUCCUCAGUGGCCAUCUUCCGGUGCAUGCCGCUGCCUUCCCGAGGCCCCAUGCACCUAUGCUGUAGAUACUGUGUCAAAGUCUGAGUGUCUGGGUAGUUCCUGUAGAGCUGCUUCCGUGUAAAUGCUGCUUCUGUGUAAAUGCUAUUUUAAACACUAAAAAGCAUUUAAUUUUAUGGGA